AUGUCCUCCAUGCGCAACGCCGUCCAACGCCGCCAGCACCGCGAGCGUGGGCAGCUCAAAGGCCGUGAAAAAUGGGGUAUCCUCGAGAAGCACAAGGACUACUCCCUCCGCGCCAAAGACUACAACGCAAAACAAGCCAAGAUCAAGCGCCUCGAAGAAAUCGCCCGCGACCGCAACCCCGAUGAAUUCGCCUUUGGAAUGAUGAACUCGCACACGGCGAAAGCCGGCAAACAUGGCACGGGCAUGCGCGACUCCGCCGAAGCGAGGGGCCUGAACCACGAUGCGAUCAAGCUGCUCAAGACGCAGGAUGCGGGGUAUCUGCGGACUGUUGGAGAAAGGGUUCGACGGGCGAUGGAGAAGGUUGAGGAGGAGCUUAGGGUGCAAGAGGGGAUUCGGGAGUUGAUUGGGGAGAAGGAUGAGGAUGAGAAGAAGAAUGGGGAAGAUGAUGAUGAUGACUUUGGGUUUGAUUUCGAUGAGGUGGAGAAGAAGCCUCGGAGGUUGGUUUUUGCGGAUGAUAGGGAGGAGCAGAGGACGUUGAAGAGGGCGCUUGGGAGUGGGAGUGAGAGUGAAGGGGAGGAUGAGGAUGAAGAGGCUGGAGAAGCAUCGUUUGGAGCCCUGCAGAAGGAACAGCAGCAGAAGAAGAAGAGCCGGAAAGAGCUGGAGGCCGAGAAGCAGGCUUUGUAUGCUGAGAGGCGGGCCCGGAAGAUGAAGAAGAGGGCACUUGAGUGGAAGCAGAACAAGCUCAAGGCUCUGCAGAAGCAGCACGCAGACAUCACCGCUGCAGAGCGUGCGCUGGACCUUCAACGCGCGAAGAUGUCAAACUCUGUCGGAGGCGUCAACAAGAACGGCCUCAAGUUCAAGAUUCGCGAGCGCAAGCGGUGA